AAUAACAUUUCAACUUCGUCUAUAAGUAAACACUAACUGGAAGGCCUAUAUCGUCUGAGUCUUCUGCUUCAGUGUUGAUCAUCUCCCAUGGCUUCCCAUCUACUCCUUUUCUUCUUCCUCGGGUUCUUCGUUCUAGCUUCAGACCAUGUAGCUUCAGAUCAUGCGGAUCUUAUUCUAGAAGAUGGCUACAAGGUGACCACAGUGAUUGACGGCAACAAGCUGAAAAUAAAUCCAUGUAUGGUUCUCCCUCGGCCUGGAUUGUCCGAUCUCGUAGUCCUCGAUUCUUUCCAGAGCGUCUUCUACACCGUAUCAUUUCCCAUUUCUCAGGGGAGUGUUUUUAAGCGGUAUUCUGGAGAUGGAGUUGCUGGGUUCUUAGAUGGGGCACCAGGUUCCGCCCGAUUCAAUAAACCGAAGAGCUUCGCUGUGGAUCUUAAAGGGAAUAUUUAUGUUGCUGAUAGACGUAAUGGUGCUAUAAGAAAGAUAAGCGACUCAGGCGUGACCACCAUUGCUGGAGGGCAAUCCGAAGGGAUUGGCCAUGAGGAUGGUCCUGCACAAAAUGCUACGUUCUCCAAUGAUUUUGAGGUGUCUUUUGUUCCUGAAGUAUGCGCGUUACUGAUUUCGGAUCACGGGAAUCAACUGCUUCGCCAGAUUGAUCUUAAGCCAGAGAAUUGUGCAAGAGGUUCUCAAUCUGCAUUGGGAGGGGUUUCCUUUUGGGUUCUUGCUGUUGGAGUGGCCUUAUCAUGUUUACUGGGGUUCGGCAUAGGGUUUGUGAUCCGUCCUUUUAUUAGCUCCCAUGAAGGCUUCAGUCCGCUUCAUCGAUGCAAGACAUGGAAGCUUUGCCUAAUCAAUCCGGUGAAACAAGUAUGGAUGCUCUGCUUCGACAUCAGAAGCGUAGUUGCUAGCUCCAGGCUUUAUGAACUCUUGAGGAGGUUCAUAUGGCUGAGCCUAUCUCAUCUGUCACUUUUGUUCGGUAUUAACACUUUAGGUUUACAUGCUUCUAGGAAGGGCACCAGUUCUCAAACUUCAAGCAAGGGUUUUGUAUCUUUGCUUGAUUCUGAUGUAAAUAGCUUUGAGAUGGAGAAGUCACAGCUACUUCCAGAUGAAUUAAAGGAUUUAGUAAGUGUGAAUGGUCCCUUGCAAUUGUCAAACUCAAAGAACGAAGAUUUGAAGCAAGAAGACCAGGAUGAUGUUUUGUUGGAUGGCCAUGGAAGGAUAGAUGCUAUGAUAAAAGCCAACAUCAUAGGAUUUGCCAAAGUGGCCAAAGAAACAUCACUGAAUGGAUCUUUGGUAGGGAGUCGAUGCUUAGUCAAGAGGAGAUGAAUUAGCUAGUGAGUUCUCCAUGUUUAAAUCUCUUUCUCUGCGAGACUUUUGCGCAUAUAAACAUGCUUGUUAUCCUAAAUUAAAAUGGUAUCCUCUGAGCAUGUGUUUGCUUGCA